AUGGGAAGGACAAAGUUCACUGGCUACAAGCCAUGCGAGAGGAAUCCACAAAGCCAGAAAAUAUAUUUCGUGGUAUGGAUAUCAAUAAAUGGAGACAAGUGCUUUUCAAUAGAUAUCAAUUUCGGUGACACAUAUCAUUUUAAACUUAGACUUGCGGUUGAAGUAAAUUUCGGAAACAAACUUUUAUUGCGUCAUGACAGACUGCACAUAAGAAAUGAUCAAAAGCCUAAGUAUAUUGCUAAGAAAGUUGCGACUAUGCAUGUACCCACAGAUGAAAUUGUUUACGCAAAAGGACGUCUCCCUCUCCAAUUCAUAUCAGUAAUUGGAAAACGCAAUCUCGGAGGCACAAAUAUUGUUUUAUGCCAAGCAGAAGGAGUUGAUCUUUACAUACACAAUGUUGGAAGGAGAAUGGCCUGUGGUGAAGAAAUACAAGGGAUAGAUGAGGCUAGUAAGAAUGCCUUUGCGAAAGUUGUUUGGAAAGUAACCUUUGUAAAGCAUAUUUGCAUAAAAAUCAUUUCCGAUGACAUCAACGAACAAACAGGAAAUAAAUUUUCUGCAGCAUUAGUAAUUUGGCCUUUACUUGCUUACCAAAUUGAUUUUAAUUUAGUCAUAGAUAUAGCUUAUGCCUUUUUUUGUCAUUUCCCCCAAAAUUACACCUGA